ACGAGAUGAUGGGGAAAGAACGUUAUAAGGAAGCAGAUAGAACAUUACCACGGAUCCUCGAUUUAGCAAUUUGCAUCCUUGUCAUCUGGAAGAUUAUCACAUUUGCAUGAAGUCCUCUGACAGCCAUGCGACACUUUGCUUUCAGCACCUGUGUGCAAUAUGUAAGUUUCAGUGUACCCAACCGUUGGCAUCCACUCUAAUUUUUGGCUCGUCUUCAUAAUCGUUAUUUAUUGAGUUGAUAUCGAGCAUCGAAAAGCGUGGAAUUAAACUCUCAUCAGCAUCGGUUUAAGACCUGACCAAUGAACGCACACUCCUUCGUGGCGGACCUCGACGAGACCAGUCGCUCAAAUCUAGGCUGUGUAGCCUAUAUUCCAGUUUGAAAUAAAGGCAUUCAGCGCCGCGCAAGAAUGAAAACGUCUGAAGGAAAUAAUUGAAUUUUUACAAUAAGUAAAAUUACCCAACAGUUAAACGUUAAAUGUUUCUUUUUUAUAUGGACCUACCGAUUUUAUCCUAGUGAGUGGGCGAUACCUUGUAGCCUAUUGAACUACAUAACUGUGCAACACAUGGAUUUUAUGCACAAAAUGUGUGGCGAACAUAAUUUUUAACCUCGAAAAGUAAGAAUAUUGCUGCAGCAGAAUCCAUUGUCAACCCGACUCUACAAGGCUGUUUUGCUUUCAUUUAGCUUAAUUGAAGAAGAAAUAAGUGGGAUAAUACCUUAUUUUGAUUCCUUCAAGCCUGUCGACGGUGCUGGAACGUCGUUAGAGAACAAACAACUUCAACUUUCAGCCUAUAAACCACAAGUUUGCUAAUUUCAGGAUGUGUAUCAUUUUUUUACAUUCAUCAUACUAUUCAGCCUAACAACAAACCAGGCUGUUUUUUCAUCUGAAAAUCAGAGAUAGGCUACAGUGCGCACGCUCUUUUCGACUGUUCUUCAGUAUCAACUCCCGGAGCAACACGCAGGAGAUUUCGACAGCAGCCAAAACCUUCCAGCCCCGAAUCCCCUUUGUCCACAUCCAAACACAAACCAGGACAGCAAUAUUCUGCUGAAGACUCCUCGGACCGCUGAAAGCCGCAGUCUUGUGUGGUUCAUUGUUUUCCUUCACUGAACUUUUCUGUGAGUGUUAAAGGAACAUUGCACUGAAACAAGUGGAGCCAUCAGCAGUUUCCUGCAUCCUAUCCCCCCGUCCGUGCCUACGUGCUCAGCGACAGAGAGGGACAUUUUUGAUAAUUGUAUGUAAUUAUAAUUUGUGUGGGAGACAGAUCUGCCUCUGUCUAUUAUCACCAAUGACCUCCAACACAAUAACUUCAGAAAUUUACAUAUUUCUCUAGAAAAAUGCUCUUUUCUCUCAGCAUCGGAAACAGAUCAGGAAUAAUUUCACGUAUUGAAGGGAUAGGCUCAGAGCAGCCAUGAGCUGCACAGUCCUCUUUCAUUGAAAUGACACAUAGUUGAAUCAUUAUCAAAGGCUUUUGUAUCUACAUUUAGAUACGGAAUAUACAUGAUACCCUGUCCAUGCUGACAUAAUAACUUUGUUUUUAGCUAAUCUAUUUGAAAUCUAUAUUUGACAAACAGUUUUAUAUUUACCACUCAUUUGCAGUGUAUGCCAUCUUGUAACGCUAAAUGUAGGCCAGUGGUGGGACUGUCUUCAUCCCAAUCAGAGGAACAGCAAGUGCCAGGCAAGUGCCUAUACAUAUUAGAUUAGACUAUAAAACAUUUAGGUUUAAAAGUGGUAGAUGCGGUUAAUCCCCCAGAGCUGUUUAGAAGAGAGGGUUUACGUUUACAGAAGAACAUUUAGAUUCAGACCAAUGUCACAUUAGAAUCUAACAUUUGCCGUCUUGUUGUUUACAGUGCAUUACAUACAAGGAGGCCAUAUUGGAUUUGCAUAGAGAUUUUGAUACUUUUUCAAACACGACUUGCCUGCAGGUUAAUACUAAGUGCCAACUUUGAAUCUUUCAAGAGACAAAAUUAAGCAGUUGAUCGGGGGACAGAAGAACAGUUUACAUUUAACCACGACUCUUGCUUGUGGUUUUGACAUAUUGUGACAGGCUGUUACAAGUGCCAAAGGAGACGUAUAAGACUGUUUCCUUAACGUUCCUCUUGCCAUCAUCUGACAAGGUUUACAUGGAUAUAGAGCCACACCAUGAACAUGCAGAUAUAUGGACAUCUUGCAUUUAUGGUUCACCCUACACAGUUAUGUUUACAAGCUCAAGUCCUUCUGAGUGCUGUACGGUCUAAUAGUUUUUGUUUAUCACAAGAUUUCAACAAGAAGUGAAAUUAUCAGAAUAAUUUACUUUUCUUUUAGGUAACCAAUGUAAAAUACCUCUUGUCAAUGAUGGUUGACACUUAUAACCUUAUGUUAGUGGAGUUAAUCCUUUUAUCUUAAUUAAAUAUUUCCACUGAUCUUUUUAACUGAUUUCAUACAGCACAAAUUCAAAGAAAACCAAUUAGAAUACAUUACUAACUUAAGAUAGUCGCAAUGUAUUCCAAACAGUUCAUAGCAACCAGCUAAAUACUUCAGACGGCGUUGUCGUGGUUAUAUUGGAAAAACGGAUACAACGUUGUGACUACGUUGAGUCAACAACAGAAAAUAGAGCUCUUAGUCAUGUAAAGAUGACGCCCACUAACAACCUCAGUAUCCUGGCCGUCUCCUUCCUCUCCCUCCUCGCUGCCCCCCUCCUCUCCACCGUAGGGAUCUCCCCCCCUCUAACCACUGCUUCUCUUAACGGUGAGUCUCAUGACCGGCCCCAGACCGCCCCCAGCCCCCCCCUCCUCCUCCUGGCUAUUCAUGCCAACCUCCGGGCGGCUUCUCCCCAGGGCAAGGCCCCUAGGAAACUCUUAGGGGCCCAAGAGAGAGCUUUGGAGACCCCUCUCAGACCCCUGGCCCAGGUCAUGUUUCCUAAGAACGUGACGGCCGAAGGGGCCCUGGCUCCCCCUCUCGGAGCCGCACAGGUGGCCCCCCCGCCCCGUAAGCUGAUGAAAGUGGACGCGUGCCGUGGUUACUAUGACGUGAUGGGCCAGUUUGACAACCCCUUCAACUGCUCCAAGGACACGUUCGUCUACUGCUGUGGCACCUGCCACUAUCGCUUCUGCUGUCCUGACCAGAACCAGCGCCUGGAGCAGGGCAGCUGUAAGAACUACGACUCUCCCGAUUGGGCCAAAACCCAGGCUCCAGGCCUGUCCAAUUCGGACGACGACGAGGGCUCGGACCCCGGCUUCGACCCUCUGAAGCAGCAGAGUCACAACACAGGUUUUGUGAUUGGCGGUGUGGUGGUGUUCAUGGUGGCCGUCGCCGUGGGGAUUAAGGUGGUGUUCAACAAAGUGCAGCAGGAGGCCCACAACAGGGAGCUCAACAUGCCCAGAGCCCUGGUGGACAUGCUGCGGCACCAGUCCAGUCCAGUGCAGCAGGACGAGAGGAACAACAGCGUGGCCCUGGCCUCUGGGGACGGGCAGGGGACGCUGGGUAGACCCCCUAAGAACCUCUACGCCCCUGGCCUACCCAGCAAGGACAACAGACUGGGGAAUUUGCAACACAAUUUCAUCCACUCGUCAGGUUCCAGUCCCAAACACACAGCGACCAUCGAGCGCACCCCUCGUAUGAACAACGCUCAGCUGGCGACCGGAGGCACCCUCCUGUCCAGCAAACACAACAACACCAAGAGCCAGCCUGCUUUCCAUCACUCGCUCCACAACCUGGCUCAGCUGCCCCCGUCCUACGAGAGCGCCACCAAGCCCGAGCUCAACAGAUACUCCUCGCUGAAGCGUCUGGAGAAAGGUGGACUCGACGAGUAUUCCUCCGGCUACUGCACCACCAAGCGUCGCCCCCACACAGCCCAGCCCGCCCUCCAGUCAUCCCAGCACCACCUUCACUGGGGCGGAGAUUACACCCUGAGUGGAAGGGGCACCCUCCCCCGCCAUGCUGCUCGUCCCUGGAUCCAGCCCACCGGCAUGCCCACCUCCCCAACCCCCAACCCCUACCCCCUGGACCCCCCGGAGCCCCAGUACAACCCCAACUACGAGACCCUCUCCAAGAGAAAGGUCAAGUCCCAGGAUCAGCUCCUGAACAUGGGCGACGUCCCUGGCAACACAGGGACCCUCUCCAGGCUCUCCAAAAACCAACAGCACCAGUACUACAAAGCUAUGGCUGCCGCCAACAAGAACUCCAACACGCAAACCUUGACGCGCAAGACCCAAGAUAGAAUGCUCAUGUCCCCGGACCAUCUAGAGGAGAGGAUGGGAGUGGUCGGGGGGAUGGGGGUUGGGGGGAUGGGGGUCGGGGGGAUGGGGGUCGGGGGGAUGGGGGCUGGAGGCAUGGGAGGGGUGACGGAUCCGUAUGCCCAUGGAGGAGGCGGCAUGGUGCCCACCCUGCCCCGGCUCACCCCCCAGCAGAAGGCUCAGUCUCAGCAGAAUGUGUGUGCCACUCCCUCCCUCGACAGGCACCACAUGAUCAAGAUGAACUCUCACCCCACGUCCGGCAGGGAGCAAGAGAGGAGCACGGGCAUGACGGGGCACAUGAGCGGGGGCAUGGGCUGGGCGGGAGAGGCACCGGGCACGGGGGUCGUCAUGGGAACAGGGACGUUAACAGGGACGUUAGGGGGGCACAGGGACAGGAGGAUGGCUUUUGCUUCGAAGAGGCAGAACACUAUUGAGCAGUUACACUUUAUACCAGGAGGGGGCGGCGGAGGGGGUGGGGGGAGUGGGAGUGGGAGUGGUAGUCAGGGGAUCAGGACAGGGAGUAAGAAUGAGGUGACAGUGUGAGGUGUGCUGCCAGAUGUCGAAUUUGCCCUUGACCACAGAUCCAGGAACGGAUUUCCAUGUCCCAAUCCUACCAUCAACCAGUCGGAGAUUUUGAAUGUUUUUUUCUUAUUUGUCUCACUGUAUCCGUGGUUAGGGGCAAAUUCGACCUGAUUAGUAGAAAAGGGGGCAUUUAGACUAGUGUUCAGGGAGUACAGCCAAUACGAAUUAGGUGUUUACUGAGAGUCAAAAGAAACUGUAAAUAUGAGACAUAAAGUAUAAAAGUUAAAAAAUCAACAAGCAAACAUAAUUUUGCUGUUUAGAGUAGUUUAGCGGUAUGGACUAUUCCUGCCAUUUUAUAUAUGUGAUAUAUCAGCCAUAUUUCCUACCAGAAUUUGCCAUAUUGCCGUAUACAUUGGUGCCAUAAUUGAUAACGAAAAGAAGGAUCUAAAAGGUAACAGGACCGACUAACAAAACUGGUUUUGGUCUAGUCCUUGUUUUUUUUAUAGUACAUGUUUCAGAAAAUCUACUUUGGAGCCAUAUUAGAUAGGGAACAAGAAGAGAAUUAACCACAAUAUAAAUGAAAGCAAAAAGAGGAAAUGGCAGUGACUCGAAGGAACAAGGCAUGCUU